GUUCCAACAUGGUGUGAUGCGUUCCAACAUAGUACUCUGCGUUCCAACAUGUUGCGCUGCGUUGAAUAAAGUUGCGUGUGUUUGAAUCGGUACGUUCCAGAGAUGGCGCUGCGUUUGUCAUUUCUGAGCCGCUGCCGGGCCGUGCAAGGGCACAGGGCAUUUAGCCAUGGAACAGCAUCAUUAUCAAGCGAGAACAAAGAACUCCCCCAAGCAAAAUUCUUCCCUCCUUUACAGACAGCCAUGUUACCACCUGACACGUUCAAAGGAAAAGUGGCCUUCAUUACAGGGGGUGGCACUGGCCUGGGAAGAGGAAUGACCACCACCCUCUCCCGAUUAGGAGCCGAGUGUGUUAUCUCCAGCAGAAAAUUGGAUGUUUUACAGCAAACGGCCUCUGAGAUCACAACAGAAACUGGAAACAAGGUUCAUCCAGUUCAGUGUGAUGUCAGAGAUCCCGAGUCAGUUAAAAAGGCUGUAGCAGAGUUGGUCCAAGUUGCCGGACAUCCAGAUGUUGUGAUAAACAAUGCAGCCGGGAAUUUCAUUUCUCCCUCCGAAAGACUGUCUGCAAACGCUUGGAAAACCAUUACAGACAUUGUUCUUAAUGGCACCGCUUAUGUAACACUCGAGGUUGGGAAGGAGCUCAUUAAGGCUGGAAAAGGGGCAGCUUUUCUGGCUAUCACCACAGUAUAUGCCGAGAGUGGUUCUGGCUUUGUAGUACCGAGUGCAUCUGCCAAAGCAGGAGUGGAAGCCAUGUGCAAAUCCCUUGCGUCUGAGUGGGGGAGAUACGGCAUGAGAUUUAAUGUGAUACAGCCUGGACCUAUUAGAACAAAGGGGGCGUUCAGUCGCCUUGACCCUACUGGGAAAUUUGAGGCAGAAAUGCUGAAACGGAUUCCAUGUGGACGUCUGGGAACAACUGAGGAGAUUGCAAAUCUUGCCACAUACCUUUGUAGCGACUAUGCUAACUGGCUCAAUGGGGCGAUCAUUCGACUGGAUGGCGGUGAAUAUGUGUCUAUGGCUGGCGAGUUUAAUAGUUUGACAAAGAUAACCAAUGAUCAGUGGGACAUGUUAGAACAAUUAAUCCGAAAAACAAAAGGAUCCUAAAGUGACGGAGAUGAAAAUACACUUGAAAGCCUUGAUUGACAUAAUUUUGUAACAAUAGCCAAACUAUGAUUUUUUUUUUUUAAAUAUAUUUAGACCGUUUGAAAUCUUUCACUAAUGUAUUUGAUAGAAUGAAUAAAAUAAACAAUUACAUUGGUAUAAAUUGA